GCAACCGCCGCCGCCGCCCCAACCCUUCGCAAGGGCCAACCGGAUUGGUUACAAAAGGGGCUCCGAAGACGCCCGCCAGCGAUUGGCUACAGCGCCUCCCCUUUCUCUGGGCCUGGGAUCACCGGCUGGACUGCGGGAAGGUUAGACCAGAAAAAAAUGGCUGGGAGUUUUUAUUUUGUUAUAGUUGGUCACCAUGAUAAUCCUGUUUUUGAAAUGGAAUUUCUUCCAGCAGGCAAAAUGGAACCCAAAGAUGAUCACCGACACCUUAACCAGUUUAUAGCUCAUGCUGCCCUUGACCUGGUGGAUGAGAACAUGUGGUUAUCCAACAAUAUGUAUCUGAAGACUGUUGAUAAGUUCAAUGAAUGGUUUGUCUCUGCAUUUGUUACAGCGGGACAUAUGAGAUUCAUUAUGUUGCAUGAUGUUCGCCAAGAAGAUGGAAUAAAAAAUUUCUUUAACGACGUCUAUGAUUUGUACAUUAAGUUUGCUAUGAAUCCAUUUUAUGAACCAAACACCCUCAUUCGAUCAACGGCAUUUGAUAGAAAAGUUCAGUUCUUGGGAAAGAAGCAUCUGCUGAGUUAAACAUUUCUAAUUAUUAAACGGUCCUCUGUAUAUUAAAUUUGUAGAUAAAAUGUCAAAACAGCUGGUAAUUUUAGUUCACCAGUUUUGUAGUCACUUAAGUAUAUAAUGUAUAUGUUGGAUUUUGUCAUUACUAAUAUUUAAAUACAAUGUAACAUCGGCUUGUCUAGAUCCUCAAUGUACACUGCAAAUGCACCCAUUGAAUUGAAACUUCAUUGUAAAUUGGACCUGUUUUAAUCAUAGUGAAAUGGGGGAAAAACAUGAAUCUGUAUACACUUUUGACUAUGGAAAAUUAUUCCUCAUUGUCAGGUUUGUUACAUUGUGUUUCAUGUUGGAAUCUGCUUAAUGUUGUCAUGCUGAUUGUAGUCAUGUUCCCCUAUUGAUCCUGCAUACUGCCUCAGUUGCAACAAAGAAAUCCUCAUGUUCCAACCAACUGUCUCCUCCUGAUUCCAAGGUUAUUCUAUGUAACUAAAGUUAAUUCGGAGGAAAAUGUAAAUACCAAAUGAUGAGCAAAUGGAACUGUCCUCCAGGGUCUAAAUCUCUUCAGCUAAAGACUAUGUGUACUACCGUAGCUAAUCCUCACUAACAGUUGAGAUCAGAAACCUUGUGCUGCUGGACGAUUUAGUUUUCAUUUCAGAAUUCUAUUUAGCAAAAUAUGUGGUUCGAAUUAUGCAAAUAAAAUCUAAGGUAAAUGAUAACAAAUGUGAGAUUUUUAGUCUUCUGGGGGAAGAAAAUGAUUUUCUUAAUAAAAGGCUGGCACAGUUGAACUGAAAUCUUUGAAUCUUG